AGAGAUCUUGAACAUUCUAAUCCACUAGUCAAACGUCAGAAUUCUCGUGAUUUUACCAAGCUCUAGGAAAACAUUGGUAUCUCGUAAAAAGAAGAAAAGAAAAGAAGCUGCAAAACCGUCUUCUGCUACCUACGAUAUAAUGCUACAACAUUAAGAGAUGACAACGUUUCAAGCGCAACAUUUAACACCGUCAUGCAGGUGGAGCCUGGUCGUCGGAAUCUUGUUGCUAUGUCAUACGUCGUGGUAUGUCUCGCACGGUGUAGAGAUAAUUAACCUGAAAGCGAGCGAACUCGUCACCGACAACAAGACCACGUCCACGUCCACGGUCACUCCGCACGCUCUGAACGGUUCGAAUGUCACGGCGAAUGUGUCAAUCCUGUUACCCAGCACGGCACAGCCCGUCGUGCAGGUCGACGAUACGAGUCACGCUGUCAGUCGCAAUGCAACCAGCUCGACCACCGUGAAACCAUCAACAGCUCCACCAGCGAGCACGGCACAGCCACCGGAUGGUAACGCGAGCCAUCAGACAACCGAGAAAAACAGCGCGAUAUCACCGAAUCCUGACAGGAACACGACGGACAUUUCUGUGCCGUCGCAGAGUCCGGAUGCUACCAACGCGACCAACACCACGACAACUACUGUCGCUCCAGCGGAGCCCGUCCUCCCCGACAAGGGCUCCGCCGAGGAAGAGCACAACAGCUCGAUGUCCAUAUUCUUCGUGUUGUGCGUCCUAGCGCUGGGCAUUCUGCUGAUACACUUGAUGUUACAAACCAAUUUCCAGUAUCUGCCGGAAUCAGUGGUGAUCGUCUUCCUAGGCGCCGCGAUCGGCAUGAUCAUAAACCUCAUGUCGCAUCAGAACAUAGCGAACUGGCGAAAGGAGGAGGCUUUCUCGCCAACCGCGUUUUUCUUGGUCUUGCUACCGCCUAUCAUCUUUGAAUCAGGGUACAAUCUACAUAAAGGAAACUUUUUCCAGAACAUCGGCAGUAUCAUGGUGUUCGCCAUUUUCGGCACGGCCAUCUCCGCGUUCGUCAUCGGAGCCGGCAUAUAUCUCUUGGGUCUAGCGCAGGUAGCAUACAAGCUUAGCUUCGUCGAAAGCUUCGCCUUUGGUUCGCUGAUAUCGGCGGUGGACCCGGUCGCCACGGUCGCGAUCUUUCACGCUCUGGACGUCGAUCCGGUUCUGAACAUGUUAGUUUUUGGAGAGUCGAUUUUGAACGAUGCUAUCUCCAUUGUCCUGACCACUUCUGUACUGGAGUCCAACAACGCGGCAACGACCAGCGAGGCGAUCAUACUCGGCUUGAAUCGAUUCUGCCUCAUGUUUUUCGCGUCGGCCGGGAUCGGCGUGGUCUUCGCUUUAAUAAGCGCGUUAUUGCUGAAACAUGUGGAUCUUAGGAAGAAUCCGUCUUUAGAGUUUGGCAUAAUGUUGGUGUUCACAUACGCUCCAUAUGUUUUAGCAGAAGGCAUACAACUGUCUGGAAUUAUGGCAAUUUUAUUCAAUGGAAUAGUCAUGUCGCACUACACGCAUUUUAACUUGUCAACUGUUACACAAAUUACAAUGCAGCAGACAAUGCGAACGCUAGCCUUCAUUGCUGAAACUUGUGUUUUUGCAUACCUAGGAUUAGCAUUGUUCAGCUUUAGACAUAGAUUUGAACCAGCAUUGGUCGUUUGGUCCCUGAUUCUGUGUCUGAUUGGAAGAGCCGCCAAUAUCUUUCCAUUGGCUUUGCUCGUUAAUCGUUUUCGCGAGCAUCAGAUCACGAGGAAGAUGAUGUUCAUCAUGUGGUUCAGCGGCUUGCGCGGCGCUAUAUCAUACGCACUGUCGCUUCAUUUAGAUUUCAGCGACGAGACACGCCACGUUAUUAUAACGACGACGCUUAUCAUCGUAUUAUUUACGACUUUAAUAUUCGGUGGGUCCACUAUGCCUCUGUUGAAGUUCUUAAGAGCCGAAAAGAAACAAAAGAGCAACAGCAGAAGAAAGAAGAAAGACAAGGAAGUUACAUUGAGCAAAACGAGAGAAUGGGGACAAACUAUAGAUUCCGAGCACUUGUCGGAACUCACGGAGGAGGAAAUGGAAGUAUCUUUUUUGCAAUCACGGAUACGUGGUUUCGCAAGAUGGGAUCUGAAAUUUUUCAUCCCGUUUUUCACAAGGCGAUUUACGCAGCAGGAGUUGAAGGAUUGCAAAUCGCAAAUGACAGAUUUGACGAAUCAAUGGUACCAAGCUAUUAGAAUCAGUCCGAUAGAAUCGGACGAUGAAGCGACCACGGCGUCAACCGCACAAUUAAAUCUGAAUGUCACUGGUACAGCUAAGGAGCAAUCGCAUGGGAAGGAGAAGAACGGACGUCCUAGACACGGAGCUGAGGAGGAUUGGUCUGAUUAAAAUUCAACUUGUUGCCACAAGUAUAUUUUCUAGAGCUCCCGUGGGUUGUAUUAAUCUCUUGUUCCAUAUGUAAUUUUUAAUCGUGCGAUAUUUGUUGAAUUGAUGAAGAUCAUUUAUACGAUCUGAUACUUUCGUUAGUAUUAUCGUUAGUAUUUGUACAAAUAACAGAUUUCUAUUUGUGUUAAUCUCGUUACGCA